AUGUCGGACUCUGAGAAGUACGAGGCCAAGGUGGCCGUCGAGCCUGCCUACAACCAGCAGGGCCAGGACGAGGAGCUCGGCGCCGUCACACAAAGCAAUGGCGACAACAAGCUGCACACCGACCUCAAGAGUCGGCACAUGCAGAUGAUUGCCAUCGGUGGUGCCAUUGGAGCCGGCCUCUUCAUUGGAUCUGGUGGUGCUCUCUACAAGGGUGGCCCAGCUGCCUUGAUCAUCGGCUACUCCAUUGUCGGCUGCAUGUUGCUGCUCACCAUGCAGGCCCUUGCCGAGCUUGCUGUCUUGUACCCCGUCAACGGUGCCUUCUUCUCCUACGUCACAAGAUUCGUCGACCCUGCCUGGGGUUUCGCCAUGGGUUGGGACUAUGCCCUCGCCUGGCUCAUUGUCCUCCCCUUCGAACUCAUCGCCGCCGGCCUCACCAUCCACUUCUGGAACGACUCGAUCCCCAUGGCUGCCUGGGUCACUCUCUUCCUCGGCCUGCUGUGCUUGAUCCAGAUCUUUGGUGUGAGGGGCUACGGAGAAGUCGAGUUUGUUCUCUCCAUGAUCAAGAUUGCCGCCUGCGUCGGCUUCAUCAUCUUUGGCAUCAUUGUCAACGUCGGUGCUGUUGGCAACAAGGGAUACAUGGGCGUUAGCACGUGGCACGACCCGGGUGCCUUCAGGAACGGCUUCAACGGCUUCUGCUCCGUCUUUGUCGUCGCCGCCUUUGCUUUUGGUGGUACUGAGCUUGUCGGUCUUGCGGCUGCCGAGUCGGCGAACCCUCGCAAGGCCGUCCCUCUUGCCGCCAAGCAGGUCUUCUUCCGCGUUGCCUUCUUCUACAUUGUCAACCUCUUCAUCCUCGGCCUCAUCAUCCGCAGCGACGACCCGCGUCUUAAGAACUCCUCUGGUGCCAACUCGGCCGCCUCGCCCUUUGUGCUCGCCAUCCAGGAUGCCGGUGUCCAGGUCCUGCCCUCCAUCUUCAACGCCGUCAUCACCAUCUCGGUCAUCAGCGUUGCCAACUCGUGCACCUUCGGCUCGACCCGCACCAUGCAGGCCAUGGCAGCCCGCGGUAUGGCUCCCAAGUUCAUGUCCUACGUUGACAAGGCUGGCCGCCCCCUCUGGUGUGUCCUGAUUCAGCUCGUCUUUGGCCUUCUCGGCUACCUCACCCUUGCUGCCAACGGCAUGACUGUCCUGUACUGGCUGCUCGCCCUGUCUGGCCUUUCCUACUUCUUCGUCUGGGGCUCCUGCUGCCUUGCCCACAUCCGCUUCCGCCUCGCCUGGGCGCAGCAGGGCUACACCCUCAACCAGAUCCCCUACCAGGCCCCCUUUGGCAUCUGGGGCAGCGCCGUCGGCCUCGCGCUCAACGUCAUUUGCCUCAUCGCCACUGCCUACAAUGCGCUAUACCCCUCCCCGUCAGCCGUCCCCAACGCGGAGGACUUCUUCAUGUCCUUCCUCGCCGCGCCCAUCGUCCUCGCGCUCUACCUCGGCUACAAGAUCGUCAUGCGCGACUGGUCCCUCUGGGUCAAGCUCGCCGAGAUGGAUCUCAAGACGGGCAUCCGCAUCUACGACGAGGAGGAGGUUGGCGAGGCCCCCAAGACCUGGGCGAACCUGCCCCUCCGCAUCCUCAGGGCUUUCUUCUAA